CGCGUUGACAACUUGUAAACCGGAAGUGUCUGCGUUGCGCGCGUAGUGCAUUAUGGGCCGGUGACCGGCGGACCGCUGAGUGUGUGAUAUGAGUCCGUCUGUGAAGAUGUGAGCGGGAUCUGACGAUAUUAUGAUCUCCAGGAGCUGCUUUAUUUCAUAUAACAGUCAGCCUCAUAUGUGAGGGAUCCGUAGUGAUGUCCUCCAAUCCCAUACCUCAGUCCAGCGGAGGAGGAGGAGGAGGAAGAGGCGGCGCCACCAGCGAUGGGCUUUUCCAGAAGCCCCGGGACCCUUCAAUGGCCCCCAGACACUAUCGAACCCCUCGCUCCCUCCCGGACGUCUGCCCUAAAGAGCCCACCGGUGAUGGCCGUGGCCUCUGUGACGGCCCGUCCGUAGUGGCCGACCAGCAUCGCUGGACUGUAUAUAACUCUAAAGUGAACCUCCCCGCGGCCCUGAAUGACCCCAGGCUGGCCAAGAGAGAGUCGGACUUCUUCACUAAGACGUGGGGCCUGGACUUCGCCGAGACCGACGUCAUGCCUUCAUUCUACCUGCCCAACAUCACCCGAGAACACUUCAGCUCCUACCUGCAGGAGACGGCUCAGAGGGAGAAGAUUCACGAGCGCUGUAAGAACGUCUGCCCGAACAAAGACGAUCUGUCGGUGCCCACCAUCACCAAUAAUCACGAUAAAGCCAGAGCUGAACUGGAGCAGGUGCCCAAGAUCUUCAUGAAGCCUGAGUUUGUGCUGAACGAUCCAGCCACCUUCAAUGCCGUGUUGCCGUGGUCUCACUUCAGCGUCGCCGGGGGCAAGAACAGCCGAGAUGUGGCAUCGUCACGGUUACUGCAGGAAAAGUUGAGUCACUAUCUGGACGUGGUGGAGGUGAGCAUCGCUCGGCAGAUCUCUCUUCGCUCCGAGGCCUUUUUCCACGCCAUGUCAUCUCAGCACGAGCUCCAGGACCAGAUGCGAGAAACGGCCGACGCCGUGGCCAAGCUGCGCGCCCGCACCGCCGCCAUCGACCGAGUGAUGUGCCGCGGGCCGCUGCGAGCGCUGCGGGACGCUCUGACCCGCAACAACUGCGUUAAGCUGCACAAUAAACUCAAGCUGAUGGCCGCCGUGCACCAGACGCAGCCCACGGUGCAGUUGCUCCUCUCCACCUCAGAGUUCGUGGGGGCGCUGGAGCUCAUCGCCACCACCAAGGAAGUGCUGCAGCAGGAACUGCAGGGAAUUCACAGCUUCAGACAUUUGGGUUCUCAGCUCUGUGAGAUGGAGAGGUUGAUCGAUAAGAUGAUGGUGGCUGAUUUCUCCACAUACGCUCAAAGCGACCUCAAUCGACCCUUUGAGGAGGACAGUCAGGUCAUGGAGAAGGUUACAAAGCAGCCUGCAACGUCAGGAAAGGAUCGUCUGCAGUCUCUGGUCUUUGGCCUGUUGAGACAGAGGAAGCUGGAUUUCCUGGACAUCUACAGUGACGAGAUGAUCCGCGCUGCCAAGAACGUCGUACGGCAGUGUGUUGUGAAGUCAGUGUCGCAGAUCAGUGAGAUUGAUGCAGACACUGUCAAGUUUCAUGAACAGAUGCGCAUGAUGACCUUUCAUCAGUGGUUCGAUCUGCUGCUGGAUAUAUUUGAACACUUCAUCCUGUUCCUUAAGAGGAUCAAGGCCACGCUCAGCGUCAUUCGCAACGUCGUGCUGGAGGUGCUCGACAGCAGCCAGAGGAGUCGGCUAGCAGAGGUUACCUCUGCAACUAAUCAUUCCAAUGAGGACGAGGAGGAGUCUGGAGGCUCCGCCCUUAAUUCAGGGGAGGCGGAGCUUGCGUAUCUCACUCACGAGGGGCUUUUCAUCAGCGAUGCGCUCAAUGAAGCGGAGCAGCGCAGCAGCGUUACAGCGCAGGCCAGAGCGCAGACACGCGCAGAGGCCUGCGGGAGCGACUCGGCCUCCGCAACCACCGAAUCUUCCUCCAGCAGGGAACACAACUCCAACACUACCUCCUCCCUGCCCAUUGGGGGCGCUGCUGCAAUCAGUGAGGACGUGAUGCCGUCUGAUCUGGAGUUGGGUCGAGUGGCCAAUAACGUUCAGGAGCUGCUGUACACGGCGUCAGACGUCAGCCACGAUCGCUGCGUUAAAGUGCUCAUGACACGAGCCAAGGACGGCUCUCUGGAGCGCUUGAGCUCGGCGGAGUUCGUGUGUUUGAGUCAGGCGGUGGAGUCGUUCGUCAAAGACACUGAAGAGCUGUGCGGCAGGCGCAGCAUGAGCCUGAGGGGGGCGCUGCAGAGUCAGGCCAACCGCUUUGUGCAGCGCUUCCACGAGGAGCGCAAGACUAAACUCAGUCUGCUGUUGGAUAAUGAGCGCUGGAAGCAGGCCGAGGUCCCUGCAGAGUUUCAGGAUCUGGUCGACUCCAUCGCCGACGGACGCAUCAGCCUGCCUGACCGCAAACACGCAGGGUCCGAGGACAGGAAGCCCAGUGAGUUUCUGUGCGUCGAUGGGCAGAAGUAUGCUGUGGUCGGGACGGUGCUGCUGCUGAUCCGGAUGUUUCUGGAGUACUGCCAGUGUGUGAAUGACAUUCCCUCCAUCACCACUGACAUCCUCACGCGCCUCACCGACCUGCUCAAGCACUUCAACUCUCGGAGCUGUCAGCUGGUGCUGGGGGCAGGAGCUCUGCAGGUGGUGGGCCUGAAGACCAUCACUACCAGAAACCUGGCUCUGGCGUCUCGCUGUCUUCAGCUGGUGGUUCACUACAUCCCUGUGAUCCGAGCGCACUUUGAGACCAGACUGCAGCCCAAACAGUACAGCGUCCUGCGCCACUUCGACCACAUCACCAAGGACUACAACGAUCACAUCGCAGAGAUCUCUGCCAAACUAGUGGCCAUCAUGGACAGCAUGUUCGAGAAGGCUCUGUCUAAAUAUGAGGUGAAGGCGCCGAUGCCGUCAGCGUGUUUGCGUAACGUGUGUAAACAGAUGGCCAAAAUGCACGAGGCCAUUUAUGAGCUCUUGCCGGAGGAGCAGACGCAGAUGCUGUUCCUCAGGAUAAACGCCAGGUUUAAUCUGCAUCUGAAGAGGCAGUUGGCUCGAUUAGGGGUCAUCAAUGAUGGCGGACCCCAGAACGGGCUGGUGAUGGUGGACGUGGCGUUUUACUCUGAGAACGUUCAGGCUUUGCGCUCUCUGGAGUGUUUGGACUUAAACAUGCCGGAGAUUUGGGAGCAGAAAAGGUGAUGACGGACAGCUCGUCCCGGCCAAUCAGGCCUCUUAGUCACGCCUACCAUCACGGUGACCAGCUCCGCCCCUGAAUCUGAGGAGGAAGUGAGGUCAGUGGGUGAACAGACUCAGGACUCGAGGUCUGUUUGUUUUUUAACACCUCUGUGACACUGGAGUCAUCCAGCAGCACCUCGCGCUCCCGCCGCUGCCUCCUUCCCCAAUGAGGACGCACUUUUCAGGGUCUGGAACGUCACCUGUGAUGUAGAAACGUCGAUACUAACAGGACGUGCUCCGGAGGUACCGACAUAUUUUUUUUUUUUGUGGAGACCAAAUCAGGACAAGCUUGUGUGGUUGACCAAUCGCAGCUGGGAAUUGUGGGGGAUAUGUGUUUUGUUCGUCCUCAGUGCCUCCUUCAGCACCAUCACUACAGGGCAACUAUCCACUUGUGUGCAAUUCUGUCCUGUUAUUAUUUUAUUAUUAUUGCUGAAUUAUUUAAUCGCUGUCAGAUGAAUCAAUGAAUUAUUUAUUUGAAUUGAUUUUGUUGUUGAUUGAUCAAUCAUGUGUUUUUUUCCAAGUAAAGCUUUCAGGUGACAAUGGCCGAUUGGAGAACUAGUACUAAAAAGGGUUUUAAAACACAUUUUGCUGACUUGUUCUCUGUUUUUCCAUCAACAUAAGUGUGAUUUUACUGGUUUUCAUGUUCAGACUGAUUUGAAGUAUUAAAACUCUGGAGGGUUAAAGAUCAAGGAUUCUUGUCCACGUUUAUCAGGACAAUCUGACUGUUUAAAUGAAGGUGUGUGUGCUUUAUAUGGUCUACUCGUCUUCAGACUCCCCAACGUAUUCAGAUAAAGUCUUUAGGUUUAGGUACAAAAACUAGUCAAGAUAUUGGUUACACUUACUCCCAGGACCAAAAUACACAAUUAUGCAUAAUUAUAGAAGGUAAUUUAACAUGAACUAUAAAGUCAGAGGUGAAAUGUCUUAUAAAACCGUCCGCAUUCAUGCAAAGAUAAUAACAAAUCAUCAUGAAGAAUUCUUUCAUUAUAUAGUAAUAGUUUGUGUUUUUGCAAACUAGAGCUUUAACUUGAUUUCCCCAACAUCCACAGUAUUAAUAUAACCCCGCCUCCUCUCCACUGGUGAUUUGAAUAAACGGAGGCCUGUGAUUGGUUGGUAUGAAUGGGGAAUGUGAAUGUGUUUUAAAAUCACGUUUUGUUUUGUUGUGAGCUUUUGUCAUUGACUGUGGAUUUCUGUUGGUGAGAAUCCAUGUAUUUAACACCUGUGCUGUCCGGUUCAAAAGUGCCUAACCUUUUAUUUGGUAUCAAAGACGAUUCAAACUGUACAUUUGUGGGGUAGAGUGCCUAAUCUGUGUGUGUUUCGAGGCCCUCGCUGCGGCGAAGAAAUAUACUGACGGGAAACUCUUGUGGCAUGCUUGACCUUUUAAAAUGUGGCACUUUUUAUUAUUAAUAAAGCCACAGUGAACAUAAA